UUUUCUCCUAAUAUUUUCUCUUACACAGUAAGGUUAGGUUUGUUUAGGUUGGUGGUUGGAGAAUGCUUUACUGAGCGAAGAAAAUUCCACAAAUGCGAGGGAGGGAGAGAGAGCGAGGGAGACGAAGUAUCAGCUAAAUCAGAGCUUCAGCUCAGCUAACACCUCUCUCAUAUCUCCUUCUUCUUAUCAUGGAGACGGCGAGCGCUGUAUGUUUUAGGGGCAACUUUGCUCUCCCGGCGGCAUCGCGAGUUUCUCUUCGGCGGCGGAGGAUCGGAUUCGGAGGCUGCCGGAGGAAAGGGAUGGUGACGGCUUCGAUCGAAAAGAGUUCGGGAACUGGAGGCGGAAGUAAUGGGAAGAAGGUUAGCGUGCCUAACUCCAACUACGUUGUGCCGCUCGACAUGUCGGCGGCGGGUUUAACUCGGCCUCUUAACGAGAUCUUGCGUGACCUGAAUAAGAGGGUUCCAGACAAGAUCAUCAAUCCAGAGGACAACUCCAUUCCCUGGUAUCAUGCGAACAGAAUGUUGAGCUUCUAUGCCCCAGGCUGGUGUGGAGAAGUGCGUGAUGUUAUCUUCUCAGACAAUGGUAGAGUGACGGUAGUUUAUCGGGUUACUAUUCGUGGCUCGGAUGGAGAGGCUCACCGUGAAUCGGCCGGAACGGCAUCUUCGACCGAUAAUCGAUAUGAAGACCCGGUAGCUGCUGCAGAAGAAAUUGCAUUUUGCAGAGCUUGUGCUCGAUUUGGUUUUGGUUUGUAUCUCUAUCAUGAAGAUGAAGCUGCUUGAGCUAUAUUAGAAUAAUGAUAAUCUGUUUGAGAGCCAUCAGAUCCUAUUUCUGAUGAUAUUUUGUUCCAAAAGAUGAGAGAUAGUUGUAUGGUAUUGCUAACUUAUGUUUUGUUUUGAAGUAUGGGAAUAUUAUUGUACUGUAAUAAAUUAAAUUACUUUUCUUGAGCUGUAUUUUUUAAGUUAA